UCUUAACUUAGCCCCACAAUUUCUUCAGUUUUUCUGCUCAGUUAGGUUGGUCUGUUCACCUUCCUUUUCUCACUAUAUUCUCCUUCUCUCGGCCCCAUCAUCCAAACAAAUAUUAAACUCAAACUCUUCUACAUAAACCAAUUAUAUUUCUCUUCAUCUCUCAACAAUAUAAUUUUCUUUUGUUUGGUUCUUGAAAUUUCAUCUUCUUUCAACUCAAUUACAAAUAAUGAAGGCGAUAACGGCCAAAAAUCCCCACGACUCUUCGUUUUCAUUCUCAAGAAGAUACUUCAACUUCAAAAAGAAAAUCAUCGAAAAUGAUCAAGAAGACGAAGAUAACGAUCAAGAAAUCUUAACGUUCAACUCCUCAUCUCAUUUCUCUUCGUCAUUCGACGAAGAUCAUCACCAUCAUCAUGAUCAUGAUCGUCUCACACUGCAACAUAAGAAAAAACUUCCGUUAAUGUCAGUCUCCAAGCUCCGUUCGGCUCUAACAAUCUUCACCAAGAACCGUUCAGCUCACCAACUAAUCGGUACCCUAUUUGGGUACCGCCGCGGACAUGUUCAUUUCGCAUUUCAACAUGACGCGAAGCUGAACCCGCCAUUUUUGAUCGAACUUGCUACACCGACUAGUUUGUUAGUUAGAGAAAUGGCGUCAGGAUUGGUCAGAAUUGCGUUGGAGUGUGAGAAAAAGCCGCAGAAAAAACCAGGGAAGUUACUUGAAGAACCGUUAUGGAGAACUUAUUGUAAUGGUAAAAAAUGUGGAUAUGCAGUGAGACGGGAGUGUGGGGUUGAAGAGUGGAAGGUUUUGAAAGCUGUGGAGCCUAUUUCAAUGGGCGCCGGAGUUUUGCCGGGGAAUGGAGGCGAUCGGUCCGAGUUGGGUGAACUCAUGUAUAUGAGAGCCAGAUUUGAACGAGUUGUUGGGUCGAAAGAUUCAGAAGCGUUUUAUAUGAUGAAUCCUGAUGGGUCUGGCGGUCCUGAACUUAGUGUUUAUUUGCUUAGAGUUUAAAUUAAUUGCUGUUUUUGGGCAAUUCUUAAGUUUUUAGUAUUUUCAGUAAUGUUGAAAAAAUUGGAGGGUUUAAUUAUCCAUGUGUUAUUUUUCCUUAUGGUUAGUGAUCUUUGGGUGAUGGAUUAGAAGGUGGGAGGUGCUUUUGGGGUAUAUUUAUGUAUAGAAUGGUUAUUUAUGAAAUCAUUGGAAUGUAUGAUAUUCCAAUUAUUUUGGAAAAUUAUGCAAUUAAGGAUUAAUAGACGGUUUUAUUAUGUUUAUCAA